AUGAACUCCUUGAAAUCAUUUUUGGAUGAUCAAUUUAAGAUUAAGGAUUUGGGGUCAGUACAUUACUUCUUGAGGUUGGAAAUCACUGUUCAUCCUCAAGGUUAUCUCAUAAGCCAGCAUAAGUACACAACUGAUCUCCUCACCGAGUUUAACUGCCAGCAUUUCUCUCCAGUUGUGACUCCACUAGAUCCUUAUGUUAAGCUCACUUUGGACAUGAGAGAUUCUCUUCCUGAUCCCAGUCUCUACAGACGACUUAUUGGGAAGCUCAAUUUUUUGCAGCAUACUAGGCCUGAUAUCUCUUUCUCUGGUGUUCUUCUCUCCAAUUCUUCAAAUUUUUCUCUUACUGGCUAUUCUGAUUGGGCCUCUUGUGCCAUCUCUCACAAGUGUGUUACUGUGUUUUAUGUGACUCUUGGUGGCAGUCCUAUUUCAUGGAAAAGUAAGAAUCAACCCACCAUUUCUUUAUCCUUAGCUAAAGCUGAGUACAUGGCACUAAGGAAGGUUGCUGCUGAGAUGUCUUGUCAGGCUGCUCUUCAUAUUGCCAAAAAUCCAAUUUUCCAUGAACGUACUAAGCAUAUUGAAAUUGACUACCAUUAUGUUCGUGAAUUCUUGAAUUUUGGACUAAUUUCUUUGCAAUUUGUUUCCAGUGCCAAUCAGUUGGCUGACAUCAUGACAAAGGCUUUGUAUGGAUAA